ACGUGCUUUAUUGUACAGCAUGAAGACGCUGACAUUUGCGCUGAGCCUUAUUCGACAUGGGGAAACGCAGUACAACAAAGACGGCCUGCUGCAAGGGCCAGGCCAUAGAUUUCCCUUGUCUGAGAGCGGGCUGCAGCAGGCUGAGGCAGCCGGCUGUUACCUGAAAGAUGUUGAGUGCAGUAACGUGUUUUCCAGUAACAUGCUGCGGGCGCAGCAGACGGUUCAAACAAUAAUGAAACACAACCGCAGUUGUUCUGGCUUGCAAUUGGUGUGUGACCCUUUGCUUAAGGAGAAAAGCUUCGGGAUAGCGGAGGGGCGGCUGGUGCAGGACGUGAGGGAGAUGGCCGAGGCAGCGGGCCAGUCGUUUCCGGGCUUCACCCCUCCGAAGGGGGAGACUCAGGAGCAGGUGACACAGCGGGUCAAAGAGUUCUUGGAGAAAACCUUCCAGCAGAUCGGGGCCGAGCACUGGUGUGACAGAGGGGAGGAGGACGAGACCUCCUCCUCCUCCAAUCCGUUGUCAACAUCUCCUGCGGAGGGACGAGCAGACGAGGGGGUCAGAGGUUUCCCUGUCCACGCUCUGGUCAUCACCCACGGGGCCCACAUGUGCAUGGCGGUGCGGUUCUUGGUGGAGGAGUUGGGCUGCUCCUUGCCGCCGGGCUCCGACAAAGAGCACGUCUUCGCUUUGAGUCCAAACACGGGUCUGAGUCGGUUUCUCCUCACCGUGAGAAGAGCGGAGGGCAGGUUCGCACUGUCAGCAAUCCGCUGUGUGUUUGUCCACAGGAAGGGGGGGGCGUUCAAAAGUAGGAGCUAAAUGAACUGCAUUUUUUUUUUCAAGCUGAGUUAAAAGUAAGACGUGCCG